AUGAACAGGUUCAUCGACCACACUAUCUCGGUAGACGAUGUAUAUUCCCCCUCAGAGUCGCUAUUCUCUUGCGUCGUCACUCAGCUCGACCAUUUCAUGGACACCAAGAAGGGCGAUCCCCGCGAGUAUGUCGUCGUCCACGUCGCUCUUCCCCCCGCCGCUGCCACCGCCGAUGCACCCCCCGCGUACGAACUCGCCGCCUCGCCCCCUAUUGGGUUCAUCAAGUUCGAGCGCUGCUGGAGCACCUACACCCCCCUCGAGGCCUACGACAAAUGCUCCACUCACCGCGAAGGAUACCGUCACUCGUGGUCUCACGCGCAUGACACCGUCUACAUCUCCGCGCCAGGCGACGCCCCUUUGCUGGCGUUCCGCCACCCGACGCUCCUGCGCUCCUACCACAACGCAUCUAUCCCACUCCCCCGCGUCCUCGUAGCGGCGGGCGUGCUGCGCCGACUUCACUUGAAGUGCUGCGAGGACACGUACGCGCACGCGUGGUUCGCGCGCGCGCUCUGGCAGCGGCUCGUGCCCCCCGGCUCCGCGGACGUUGCAGUGGGGGAUCCUGUGCGGCCCCGCAGCUGGCUCGCAGACUACGCGUACGGUAUCUGGGAGCUGCUCGCGCCCUUCAAGCCAGUCACAGCCGUGCCACCGCAGUUCGUGGAUGUGCUGGACGGCCGGGAGGUGGAGGCGUGCCAGGAGGCUGAAGACAGGGUGCUCCUCGAGUUCGCGGGCGCGCGGGCGAAGAUCGCCGGGUGUCUUUCCAAGGAGGGCGAGUGGAUAUCGCCCGAGGAUCAGGCCGAGACGGUUGAAGAACUCGGGGACGCGGUGGAUGCGGCCGUUUGGCCAUGGUUGGAUUAUGACCACAGGGUGAUGAACCCAGGGGAGAAAGAGCAGAAGAAAAGGAUGCGCGAGCUCAAGGCGAUCAUCGUGAACAUGAAGGAGCACCAGCCAGACAAAUACGCGCGCAUGAAAGAGCUUGACCCGGACAUGUUCGCGCUCGUGAAGAAGUGUUUCCCAGACGUAGAAACGUGA